AUGAAAGUAAUUGUAAAUAGAUCAAAUGAAGCCCGUGUACCUAAGCUCUUAGUAGAUUUUGUUCUUCAAGAUGCUGUGACUCAGUUGUCUCGACAACAGUAUCUGUCAAUAACAAAUUUAGUUGAAUCAUUUGAGUCUAUGCGGAUUAAUAGAAAAUUUCGUUCGCAUCAUCCUGGUAUACCACUUUCUGGAAACAGUUCAAAAUGGUGGAAAUAUGCAUACACUGCAUUGUUAGAACAAAGAAUAAGGCCACGUUCUUGGCAGUAUAUUAAAAAACAUAGAGAAAAUUACCGCAAGUAUAGAGAUACCUAUAAAAUGACUCUCUUGAGUCCUAAUGACACAGAAUUAAAAAUGGAUCUCCAACAGUUAGAAGAUAUGCUUUCUGUAGUUGAUAUUGUUAUAGCAAGAGAACAUGCAAAAAUUCAGUUACGCCAUGAGGAACCAGAUUGUAUUGUAGUCCAUGAAAAUGAACCAGACUGGUGGGGGAUCUUUUCUCAGGAGCAUAGUUUUGCACUUUUAGUACAUACAGGAGAAAAGGGAAAAGGGUUGUGGACACAGCUGUCUUCCCCAGAGAAGAAAAAAUUAUGUGAAACUAUUGGUUAUGUUGAAGGUGUAAUAAGGCCAGAGAAGCCAAAGCAAUAUAUUGAACAUAAAAUCAAUUUCACCUUAGCGAACUGCUCUGUAAGUCUUUUGAACCGGCGUCGAGAAAUUCUUGUUAUUACAUUAACACAGUUUUUGGCCAGUAUUGAAACCCGACCUUCUGCUCAAGCUUUUAAAGUAUCUGCUCGGGUAGAAAGCAUCAUUGUGGAAGGUGCUAGCUCUGAGAAUGAUUUGAUUCCUCUAGUAUCUGGCGACAGUAUUCUCUCAGGCAACACUGCUUCCAAUUUUCUGUCUAUUGAUUUUGAAAAGAAUCCAGGUAAUGUUCAAGCAGAUUUUGGGAUUUCAGUUACUUUGGAACCAGUUGAGAUUGUAUAUAAUGAGCAAGCAACAUCUGAAAUUAUUAAUUUUUUUCAAACCCAAUCUGUUGCCAUUAGUGAUAUUAUUGAAAAUUCCAAAAAGAAAUUACAUCAUUCAUUUGAGUUGGGAAGAGCAUUAUUUCAGUAUUCAAUAAAUAGGCACAAGACAAUAAAUAUUAAUAUGGACUUGAAAGGUCCUCAUAUUGUGAUACCAGAACUAGGCUCUAUCCAAAAGGGUGGAAGUAUUCUUAUUUUGGAUUUAGGAAGAGUAGUGGUUCGUAGCGAUUUGCAACAAGGAAUGGCUGGUCUUGAAGAUGCUACUCAAAUGGAAUUAGAAGAACGACUCUAUGAUAGAUUGCAUGUGGAUUUUUCAGAUGCUCAACUCCUGUUUUGUGAUUCUGGAGAGGAAUGGAGGGAAGCCAGAAGACAUCAGGAUAGUGAAUACCAUCUACUUCCAAAAAUUCACUGCCAGCUUGUGUUUUCAAAUAGUGUUAAACCAGACUACAGGCAACUUCCAAGACACAAGCUCAAUGUAUCUAUUGCAAGUUUGAAGUUAAAUUUAUCUGAUCGAAAAAUUGGUAUGGUUUUGGACUUCCUUGACAAUUUACCAUUGCCUUCCCCAAAUACAGUUCAUAUAUCUGAAUCUGAUCCUGCUUUUGCUCAAGAUGCAAGUGAUAAUCAAAUGCAAGAUCUUUUUCAUCUUGAUAAAAUUGUGUCAGAGCCAAAUACUAUUUUCCUUUUGAACAUAAAGAGAACCAUUGUACUAACUGAAAUACUGAAAAAUGAAGAGAAACGAGAAAGUUACAAUAAAGCUGCAGCAAGAUUAGCUUUGCUAGAAGUUGACAAGUGUUUCAUUUCAUCAGAUCACAGUGAUGAAGAUAAUGAAGAAUGGGCACGUACUGUUGAUCUCCCUGGAUUUGAUGAUAAUGUUUCUCCAAGAAAUGUUAUUACAAUGCUGCUACGAUUUGUUGUUGGAGAGGUGGUUGUGCAGCUUGCAAGAUCAAGUAAUCGUGUGGAUAAACCAUAUCUAAUGUUACGAAUAGGAAAGCUUUGUUGGGAUACUGCUAUUAUGGAGUAUGGACCAGCAGUUCAAGCAUCUUUGGGGAGUAUUCAACUUAUUGAUAAGAUCCACACAGGUUGUUCAGGAGAGUACCUUGAACUUGUAUCUACAAAUUCUGAGAUUGAUUUAGCAACUCUGCUGUACAGAAAGGUUCGUGCAGACUGUCCUGAUUUUAAGUCUCAUUUUCACAGUGUUGAACAGUCUGUUGUUCUGGACUUCACUUCGUUGAAUGUUGUAUUCCACAGAGAGGCAUUUAGAACACUCAACAAAUAUUUGCAAUAUUUAUUACAAAAAAUUGACACACGCCAGGCUUACUUAAAGCCAAUGGUGUCCAGACCACCUUCCAUAACGAAUUGGCUUUUCAUGGAAAAUGGUGAUCCACCAAUUCCUCCUGGAGCAACUAAAUUCAGUUAUUCAACAAGACUUAGUGAAAUUAAAAUUAAAAUGUGUGAUACAGAUGUUGACUUCCUUGAAAUAAAGGUUGCAGGUUUGGAAAGUGAUUGUUUAUUUAAGGCAAAUGAAAGAAUGGUGUUCAGGAUGUACCUUACUACAUUAUCUAUUGAUGAUCUAUCUGAUGUGUCUUUAUACCCAAAGAUAUUGUCCGUUGAAGAAGAGAAGGUAUUUGAUUUAAAGUAUGUUCGACAUAGCCCAAAACUGUAUACACAAACUGUAAUGGAUAAUAAAAAAGAUGAUGUUAAAUCAGAUGGAAGUUUAAGACUUCAUGUUGGCAGAAUUCAAAUUGUUCUUCUGUACAAACUUAUAAUUGAUUUACAGCAUUUUAUGGAGCCAUUUGUGCAUCCCAGCAUCCCACUACAAAUGAUUCAUUCUGUUGUUAAAAGACUAGAACAAAGAGUAGCUGGUUUGCGUGGAUUAAAAACUCGUCUUCACUUAUCACUAACUGUUCAUGCCCCUACACUUCUGCUUCCUCAAAAGUCUGCUUCUCCUAAUUUAAUUGUAUUAAAUCUAGGUGAUCUUAGUGUUGAGAACUUUUUCAAGGAAGUUACAGCUAGUCAAAUAAAUCAAAGUGCUGCCAGCACCCCUGGAUCUGGAGACACACCAGUCAUUGACAAUGUCCUUGUUCGCCUCGAAGCUCUUCAGUUGUCAAGAGCUGUAAUGACACUAGCCGGAUCUUUGGAAAUACAGGAACCCAUCCUGGAGCCAAUGAGUAUACGAUUAGAUAUAAAAAGAGUGGUAGCUUACCAUCACAUUGUUGUAAAUCAACCUCAUUCUUUAAGCGAAAAUCAGUCUCAUCAUCAUCGUGAUUUACUAUUAUACGACAUACAUGGAGUUGUUGACAACAUAAGAAUAAACUUAGGUCAAAGAGAUCUAUCCACUCUCUUGGCAGUCUGGAGUGAAAAUGUAACAGAAGAUCAUUUUAUAGAUAUACAUCCUAACUCAAGACCUUCUUCUCCUCUUGAGCCACCUACACCUACAAAUCCAGGAGAAGAUUCAGCUGUUAGAAAAUUGCAAGCAUUUUUCUGUCAAUCGGAACAAGUGCGCCGGGAAGCUAUAUUCAGACUUACUUUGGAAGGAAUGCAAAUCUUUCUUUUUAAUGAUAUGGAUGAGAUUUUAAGUUCCCCAGUUCGUGAUUUGAAUCAUGGACUGUGUAAAUUGGAUGUCGGAGAAGCAACUUUGUCUUUAGAAAUGUUUAAUGAUCACAGUACAGUUGUGAAAAUGGCCUUGCAGCAUUGCCUUCUUGAAGAUAUUCGAGUGGAUAGCAGCAUCAUUAUUCGAAAAAUUUUCCAGUCGUAUAGUGGUAAAACAAGAACUGAUUCUAGCUCAAUCUCAGUUUCAUCUCCACCUAUAAUUGAUGUAACAUUCCGCCAAACACAGACUGGAGACAGAUGUAUUGAUAUUCUAGUAGAGAAAACACGUCUAAAUUUAUCUGUUCCAUUUUUCAUACAUUUGGGUCGAUUUUUAUUAGACUCAUUCCCAGGAGAAAGAUCCUUAGAUGGAGGAGUGAUCAAUCAUGGCUAUGUCGGAGAUUUAGGUGCUCAGACCAGAAUACCUGCUGAAACCUUGAAGCCAUUGCAGAGACCACCCAGUUCUGCUGACAGUACAAGUGGGUAUUUAUCAUCAGGUGCAUCAUGUAUUGAUGAUCAAGCAGGUUUGUCCAUUUCAAUUCAGUUUCGCAAACCAGAAGUGAUGAUAUUUUCUGAUUUAUCAGAAUAUAAUGGACAUGCUUUAUUGCUGCGGACGGAAUUCUUGGUGGAUUACAGUCACCAUCCAGGUCGUGACUCUUUGGUGUGUUCUUUGGCAAGUCUGCAUGUAAUGUCCAAACUACAGAAGGAAACCAAACAUCAGCCUCACAUGAGAACCCACUGUACUACACCCUGUGAUAUUGAGUUUGUUAAGAGUUUCAAAUCAUCUGAAGAAGGAAUGCGUAUGACGUUGAAUGUAACUCCUGUAGAUAUUCAUCUAUCUUCCAGCACUGUUAACACAAUUCAUUCUACAUACAAUGAAGAAAGACCAAAUGAUGAGAACAUGACAGUAAUGAUUCCAAAAAUUAAAGUUAUUUUUGAAAUGGAAGAUGGUCCCAGACGAAUGCCUGUUCUUUUAUUUAAGUCAUGUUUGAAUGCAAACAUUCGGGAUUGGUCAAGACAAUUGCAUGCAAAAGCUGACAUACAACUCCAAGGAAUUUAUUUUAAUGAGAAGACAGGAACAUGGGAACCGUUCAUUGAACCGAUAGCAGAACAAGAAAAUAUUUAUCGACCUUGGGAAGCAACUGUGAAGAUCUUUCAUGCAAAAGCAUUUCCUGUAUCUGGUCAAUUUGAUCAUGAGUUGACUACAGAGUGCGAAGGUAAGACUCAUAUCAAAUAUCAUGCAGCUUCCAUGGAGCAGAAUAAUGAAGAGUCAGAAACAUCUGCUGAUGAAACAGAAAUGGAGGAAAAUGGAAUGACAUUCAUUCGUCAUAAAUAUUUGGAAUCUACUCAGCCACUGCAACGAAGCAUUCAUGGCAAGUAUAUUAAA